AAGCACUUUCUUCAGCUCAUACUUGUGACCCCUGUUCACUGCCAUUAUAAAGCUCGGAUGCGUCAGGAUAUUUAUUAAAAUAUUUCUGAUUGUGUUCAUCAGAAAGAAGAAAGUCAUAUACACCUAGGAUGGCUUGAAGGUGAGUAAGCUUGGGCUAAUUUUCAUUUGAAAGUGAACUAAUCCUUUAAGUCAGAGCUGGAAAGGCUUAUGUUUUUUUUUUUUUUUUUUUUUUUUUUUUUUUUGAGUAAUGCUAAACAAGAAAACUCAGCACCAAUUGGGAAUUGUUAAAAUUUGAAAGUGGGAAAUAUUUAAGAAAAUUAGUUCUAAUUUGGCUAAAUCAAAACGUGUUGAAGAAAUGAAGGUUGUCAGUGAAAUCUCAUCUAUUACCAAGAUUUUAUCUGAAAAUUUAUCAGAUAUUCAAAAAGCGUAUUUAGUUGACUUGCAAAUUAAGUAAAUAAAUUAAGAGCAAAAGGUGCUUUCAUUAGGUCAAUGCAAAGGUGGCUAGAAUAUGGAGAACAGAUGUCGUCUUAUUUUUAAACUUGUCAAUUAAAUAUUGGGGGGGUCUGUCUCAGAAAAUCCUAAAAAUAUUUCCCAAUUUUGUUCAAACUUUUAUUCAAAUUUGUAUAAAUCUAAAUGUAAUCUUGCUGAUUUAGAUACUUUCUGUAAGCACCUUUCCAUACAAUUCUAUUAAUCAGGAUGAAAAAAAAAAAAAUUGUGACUCAUUAAAACAUUAAAAAAAAAAAAAAUGAAAAUUUGUACUCCUUAAUCUCAAACGAACGUGAUUUCUAGUUUCUCUGAACUGAAAUAGUAGGUCAGUCAGGUUCUUUUUGCUUGUUUUAUGAACACUAUAAAUUCGGUUAUACUACUUGGUUCAUAUACUGAUAAAAGGGGCAGAGCAAGAACGCAUUCAGGUAUUUGAACUGUACUUGGCUAGAUGUGAACUUUGAAUUGGAACAUUACUUGAGCAGCGACAGAUGACAGUUCACAAGUCCAAAAGAACACAAGUACAGACAAGAUUGCAAAAUGGAAUAUUCUCAACAAGUAUUGAGAAAUGGCUAUUGAACAUUUAUGUUCUGAAAACACAACUUAAGAGACAGUUUUCAAGGAGGACAAGGUAAAAAUUAAACAUUUCUUAUUCAUGUUUUUGACACAAUGCUUUUGCCUAAACAUUAAAUGAUUCUUUAGAACUGUAAUUUUUAAAGUUACUUAACUGCUUAUGCUGUUAGGAGUAAAUUUCCUGUUAGGUAAAUUAUCGCACUGGCAGUAUUAAGUGAGGUCACCAUAACUGAGGUAAAUUUACAUUGCUCACAGUGUUCACCAGUGCUCAUCAACUUCAACAUUCCUCAGUUAAUAAAGUUCUAACAUUGGUUAACUUUAUUAUUAGUUGAAGAAAGUUAAUAUUGAACUUUUAGGUACAUAGGUGUCCCAAAAUUAAAACUUGAACCCAGAGGAAAUUAUAAUAGCAUUUGCUCAUCUUCAGUUUACAAUAAAAUAUGGCAAGUCAUUAUGUAUCUUAAUUAUAGCUAAAUAUUACAAAUAAAUCACAAAAACAAUAGUGAUUUGUUUAAAAAGCCUUUUAGAUAUUCAGUAAUUGGUGAAAUUGUGCACAAUCACAAAAAAGAACAUACAUUUUCACUUUCUGACGUCAUGUAACACACAGGGGCAGCUUUCAUGUGCUUUUUGGGAUUCAGGACAGAUGACACACGUGAAGACAUUCAGGUUCUUUUAUUGCUUUAUAACUCUGCUAUCCAUGCAUAUAACAUUCAUUUUAUCAGUUUGUUGUUAGUUUAUUAGUGUCCUAAAUGUUUUUCAAAUAUUAGCCAAUUUAUUUGCUAAGACAGGGAUAGAGGGGUUUAAUAUAACAAGAAUUCAGCACACAAUAAUGGGUUGAUGAAGUAUUACAUGACACAGACGCUUUGUAUUGAUAACAAAAGCAGCCUUUGAGACUGUGUGCCUGUAGGCUGUGAAAAUAAAGAGUCAGUAUUUUGGUGUAUCCAGUGAGGAGAUGAAUGGCCUCAGGAAAGAAGCUGAAAGAAGCAUUGUGAUAGGCAGUCCUAGUCACUGUGCACAGUAAUGGUGUGGUAACAUCUAAUUUUGGUGAAAAAAGUUGACUGUAGAUUUAGAUUUAAGUUUUAUAGAACAUUUUACUGAUUAAAUAAAGACCAACAUGUCAUAAUUGUUUUAACAAUACAAUUAACAAUACUUUUUUUUUUUUUUUAACAAACAGGAAGUUAUAUGGGCGUGGGAUUUAAAUAACAUGCAUGAUUGGUCAGGUGCUCUUAGAAAAGAUGCCAUGUGAUUUACUAGACAUCAGACUAUUUUUUUCUGUAAACUGCAAAUCCUGUUAGACUGGAUCUAAACCUAUAUUUACCUUAACCUUAUCUACUAAGCAGGAAGAGUUCAAGUCUCUGUAGUAUGACUUGAUACUCAUACAUCCUUUAGACGGUGAACACAAGCUAAAUAUAAAGUGUGUUAGACUUAAAGAAAUCAAAUAAUCUUACACAUGCUUAUGAAAAAUUAUGAUUUUUUUUAUUCAGGAUAUUGUGUAGAAUAAUCUAGAGCCUGUAGAAUAAAGGAGCAUCUCCUCAACUGUCUGACUUUGUUGAUCCAUCGUUCCGCAGUAUGGAUCAUAAUCUGACCAUUGUGUUAUUUGGAAACUCUGCGGCAGUCCAGUUGCAACAUGACAAUAUUUUACUUGGAGAAUUACAAGCAGAUAUUGAAAAUGUUGAAAUAUCCAGGACCGUUCCUUUGCAGAUGAAGAUAUCAGGACGAUGUGUCUCAGUGAUCAACAUGAUUGGCUUACAUGAGACUGCAAUUGAUCUGGAUCUGCUCACUGGUCAACUAGUGAAUGAAAAGGAAAUCAUCUCCUUCAUCUUCGUUGUGCGACUGGGUCAGUUAACAGAUGCUGAUAAGAUGGGUAUUGAGUGGCUUCAGAGAGUAUUUGGUGACAGAGUUCUUCCGUUUGUGAUUAUUCUCUUCACCUAUGAGAAUGAGGAGGAGUCUGACUCUAUAAUAGAUGAUCUGAAGAAAAACUAUGCUCUGGAGCAGCUGCUGCAGAAAUGUGGCAGAAGAUAUCAUACUUGCAGCAAAACCAUGAAUAACCAAUCAGAGAUGAGAGAUCUGAUGAACAGGAUUGAGCAUCUGUUUACUGAAAAUAACCAGCAGUGCUACACUAGUGAGAUCUACAAGACUGCAUUAAGAGAGAGAGAAGAUGUGCAAGACAGGACAUGUCAAAGUGAUCAAAACGCAAUUAUUGAAAAGAGCAUGGACUACACCUCAUCAACAGAGACAAGAGAGAGACUUGGGGGAGAGAUGCAAUCAAUAGAUGGUGCAAGAUCGGAUCGAAAAGGAAACAGAAGGGGGGAUAAAGCAGAGCAUCUAUUUCACAGGCUUUAUCUUGAUAAAAGGCACCCCUUUAAACUAAGAGCUGAAGAUGUUCUUCAACUAACUAAACAUUCAUUAGAGUCGCAUGAGUCUUGUGCUGAGGAGGACCUGAUUCAGACUUUCCUACAAAAACUACUGAUGAUGAAUUACAGAGCAAGAUACAUUAAAACUAUAGAUACGCAGCAUGAUGGACAGCAAAUAAACAAUGACUUAUUUGAAGAUGAUGGUGAUCCCGAUAUUUUCAGAGAAAUAUCUUUGUUUCCUGAAGAAACCAACAGAAGAGUUGCUAUUCACCCGAUGGAUGUUCAGAUGGCCUUGUUUCAUUGUGCUGAUAGUUUCCUAAAGCAGCUCAUGGUGACUAAACUGUCUCAGUGUCAGUACGCUCUGCCUCUGCUUGUUCCUGAUCCAUUCACACAAGAGAUUGAGUUUCCUCUCUGGACAUUCAGACAAAUCAACAAGAGCUGGAAGAUGAAGAACACCAACAAUGAAAUCAUCAGUAAAAUCCAGCCAGUCUGGAAGGCAGAAACACCUAUGGUGUCUUUUUUCAGGUUUGGCUCAUUGACCUCAUCCAAAUCUCAGCUGAUUAACAAUCUGAUCAAUGAGAAACACAACACGUUCUUUCACAUGAACUGCCCUGGCAGCAGCAAAACCAGAGUACUGAUGGAUGGAGUGGUGGAGAUCGCCUGGUACUGCCCCUCUGGGAAAGACACGGAUAAAUUUACUCAGUGUGUUGCGUUCUGUAACCUCCACGGUGAUGCAGGAGCCAAUGAGAAACAACUGCAGGUCCUUACUGAAAUGUCCUCAGUCAAUGUUGUUAUUCUACCACGACUUGACAAGAAUGAUAAGAAUGCAAUAAAAAUCCAAAACCUGUACAGGAGCAGAAAGCCACUCAUUUGUCUUUUUACUGAGGAUGAAUACAGUGCAACUGAGAUGAGGACAGGGAAAUACAAAAUUGGACUAAAUAACAGAAAUCAGUCAGAUGUAUCUGAAGAACUCAUAGAAGCUAUAAAUAAAUGUCUCUCGUCCUCGUCGUCAGAAUCAUCUUCUAUUUUUAGACUUGAAAAUGUGUCCAGAUACUCAGAUAUCAGAGUAGAUGAGGAACAUGACAAUGACUGCAGAAAAGGAAAAAAAGCAGCCCAACAGUUGAUGGCUUUACUGGAGGAAAAAGAAUUGACAAAAAUCAAAGAAACAUUUCUGCCCUGUCAGGGUGAACUGUGGCAUCAAUGGUGUGAAAAGAACAAAGAACUACAUCGAUCUCAGGGGAAUGAAAUAGACAUGGAGCUAAACCAGAAACAAGAUAUGAAGAUAAUCCGUGCACAGCAGCAUGUGUUGGACAUUGGUAGUUUCAUGAAGUUGUUUAUUACAGAAAUGAAUUCACAGUCUUCAAAUGAGAAGAUAUUUUUUUUGAAAUGGCUUGCAAUCCUCCUGGAUGAAUAUACUUCAGCCGACCUUUCUGCUCUUCAUUACAAGUAUGAUGAAAAAUGGUCAAAAUGCAGAGCUGAGCAACACAUGACCAAUGAGCUUGCAGAACUUGAUAGGAUAUCAAAAGAACUUCAAGCUGCAACCUUUGGCUUGGAGCACAUCCUGAGGGAGAUCGGUCAGAUCUAUGAAUCAUGUAAAUCAGUGAACAGUAACAAGGAAGGUCUACCGUGUAAUUUUUCUUCUCUCCCGAGUCUUGCUGCAGACAUGAUGCUCUCUGGAUUUCCCCUGGAGCUGAUGGAUGGAGAUGCUGCUCAUGUUCCUGUGGUCUGGGUUACUGCUGUUCUGCAUGAACUCAUUAAAAAAGUGGGAGACCAGAGAGUCUUUGUGCUGUCAGUUCUAGGGAUUCAGAGCUCUGGGAAAUCCACUAUGCUGAACGCCAUGUUUGGACUGCAGUUUGCCGUCAGUGCUGGCAGGUGCACCAGAGGAGCUUUCAUGCAGCUGGUUCGAGUGUCGGAGGAGAUGAAAGAACAGCUGAAGUUUGACUAUAUUCUGGUUGUUGAUACUGAGGGGCUUCGUGCUCUGGAACUGUCUGGAAGGUCAACAAGGCAUCAGGACAAUGAAAUGGCCACAUUUGUUGUUGGUCUUGGUAAUCUGACAUUGAUCAAUAUCUUUGGAGAAAGCCCAUCCGAGCUGCAGGACAUUCUUCAGAUUGUUGUCCAGGCUUUCAUGAGGAUGAAGAAGGUCAGACUGAAUCCCAGCUGCAUGUUUGUGCAUCAGAACGUUUCAGAAGUCACAGCCGGAGAGAAAAACAUGGAGGGAAGGAGGCGACUACAGGAGACGCUAGAUAAGAUGACGAAACUUGCUGCUAAAGAUGAAGUCUAUGUAGCAGAAUGUUUCAAUGAUGUCAUUACUUUUGAUAUACAAAAAGAUGUGAAGUAUUUUGCACAGCUCUGGGAGGGCAGCCCACCCAUGGCACCACCGAACCCAUCAUACUGUGAAAACAUUCAAGAGCUAAAGACAAUGUUUUUUAGCCAUGCCUCAAAAUCAGAUGGCUUAGAACUGACACAACUGAAAAGUCGUAUUAAGGAUCUCUGGGAGGCUUUACUGAAUGAACGAUUUGUGUUCAGCUUCAGAAAUGCUCUGGAAAUUGCAGCAUACAGAAAACUGGAGACAGAAUACAGCAAGUGGUCCUGGAGUCUUCGCAGCGCCAUGCUGGAAAUUGAGAACAAACUACACAACAACAUAGAAAAUGAAACAAUUAAUGAGGUUUCAGAAAGUGAUCUUCAAGGUAAACUACACGUAAAAAGUGAAGAAGUAGAAAAAUCUAUGUCAGAAUUCUUUGACAAAGACAAAGAUAAAGAUAUAUUGAUACAGUGGAAAGCAUCGUUUUAUAUCAAAAUCAAUGAGCUUCAGGAAAACAUUGUGAGAGAAACAACAAGGAAAUUAAAUGAGAUUCUUCAGCAGCGAGAUAUGAAGAAAAAGAUUGAUGCUCAGAGGACACGUCAUGAAAAUACUCUCUUUGAAAAGAGCAAAGAACUUGCAAUAAAACUCAAAGACAAAGCCAAUGAUGAAACGAUCCUGAAAACAGAGUUUGAUUCCUUUUGGAAAGACUGUGUUAAGAACAUUACCAGAGAAACUCCUCAAAUUAAAAACAUUAAUGUAUUAAAUGACAUGAAACAACACCUCAGUAACUAUAAAAGUGUCCCUGUAAACGCCUGGAAGAAGAGCAGGGAUAUUUUCUCUGUGCGGCAUUAUUCAGAUUAUGUACAGUUAAAGAAAUCCAAUGAAACUACAGGAAAUGCCUUCAGAUCAGCUAAACAGAAGUUUGAGGUUCAAACCCAAAUUAAAAACUUAGUCGAUGACAUUGCUCAACAAGUAGAGAAAAUGAUUGUGUCGUAUAACAUUGCAAAGAUGGGCUACAACAAAACCUACAUUCAAGAAUUUGCAGAUCAUAUCAAAGAAAGAAUAGAAAAUUAUGAGCAAUGUUCCAGAGACUAUGUGUUAACAAAGGAAUUUUACAUAGAUUUGGUUAUUUCCAUAUGUAAGAAAGAAAACCAAGUAAUUAUUGACCAGCACAGAAAGUUCAGGGAAGCCAACGAUCCUGUUUUGUACUUUGAAAAGAAGAGCAAAGAGUACUAUAGUGUUUUCCAGAAAUAUUGUCAAGGUGCAACAUCAGCUGCCAUUUUUGGUGAGAUUAUCUGUCAGAAACUGAAAGAGCCCAUUCAAAAGAGUGUCUACAAAGAUACUGCUAGAAAUUUGACUGAUGAAAUUAAGACAAAUUGUGAAUCGCUAAAUGGAAACAGAUCUAAACUAGAGAAACACAUCCUCAAAACACUGGCAGAACAGGAGGAUUUUGACAAAUACCUUACAUACUUUAAUAGUCCCAGAGAUCACUUAAAGAGUUUCAUCAGAGAUGAAGUCAAUCGGUAUAUCACUGAUAACUUCAGAGUCAGUGCUCAGCCCAAGAUGAAGAGGAACAUUGAACUCCUGCAGCAGAAAAUCAUGGCAGCGGCUCAUAGAGCAACUACAUGGGUCAAUACAACCAGCAGAGAUGUUCAGAAGUGGUUGGAUCACUUCACACUGCAACUCUCAGAUGUGCUGAUAUUCUCUGUAAAGGACCUCAGUGGACUGAGUCAUGAUGGUGUUGAUGAUUUCGAUCUCCUAGAAGAUGUGAUACACGAAGAACUUUCUUCAGUGUUAUCUGAAAUGCAAAAUGAAUUCAGCACAGAGACAUUUCCAGUAAAUCUGGAACAUAACGACAGACCAGAUGAGAUUCUGAUUGAUCAUCUCUGUCAGUGUUGUUGGAUUCAGUGUCCAUUCUGUUCAGCCACCUGCACCAACAGUUUAGAAAACCAUACCGGAGACCACACUGUUCCUUUUCAUCGAGUGGAUGGACUCACCGGGUGCUGUUAUGAGGAAACAGAGUGUCUCAGUGCAGAUUUUUGCACAACAUUAGUGAGAACUGGAAAAAUGUUCUAUACAGGUCAGUGGAUUCCAUGCAGAGAAUACAGAAAUGCAGGAAAUGUUUAUGCAGAGUGGAGCAUCACCCCUGACUUCUCUGAGCUGCCGUACUGGAAGUGGUUUGUGUGUAGAUUUCAGAAAGAUCUGGAAGAUUACUUUGAGAAAACAUUCCACAGGUGGGAUGACAUUUCGUAUGGAUGGAGCCAAUACUCAAAAGAGCAAGCUAUCGAGAGUUUGGAUGAAUACAUCUAAUGACAGAUGAAAAUGAGUCACGUGUAGGUGUAAUUCAUAGACCAUAGUUGAGUUUCUGAAAUUCUAAAGAAAAAAAUUCUUUCAGAAAUCUUCUGGGUUUUUUUUUUUUCUUUUACUUCUAUAAAUUACAUUCAAUAUGAUAUAUACAGGAGAAAUUAGUUCAGAAAGUUAUGUUUGCCAUUAAUAACAAAGAUGAAACUGUAAAGAUUAAUGUUUGUUAAUUUGUAAAAGAUUAAAAAUGUAUUUUAUGAAUGAAUAAAACAAAUGUGGAUGAAUAUGUAAUAUUAUGUUCUAGUAUUCAGAAUAUGGGAGUGUUCAUCAGAAAAACUGAUAAACAUUUAAAUUUAUAAGUUAAGGACAUUACUGUAAAUGUUAAUAAAUGCAAAUUAAAACAUU